AAAAAUAUUAGUCGUUUACGUAAUUUAACCAGCCCUCCUCGUAUUUACUGUGAAAUGUACGAUUCUUGUGAAAGAAAAAUCGCCAUCGAUUAAUGAUGAAAUAAAAUUGCUGAGAUAUUUUCACAAUUUCUAAAAUAGCGCCAUUUGAUUUGGAACAGCCAUUCACACGAUAUAAAGCAGUAUGCGCCUUAACACUACUCAACAGUUCAUACAUAAGAUUUUUACUUGAAAAAACCAAACAUUCGUUGAAAAAAAAUAUCGUAUUAAAGCAGAAUGAAAGUGACGCGAUAGAAGAACUUAACGUAUAUGAGAACGAGUAAACAUCCUUUACAAGUAUAACCAAACCGGUGCAAUGAUCAAAGGGUUGUCUCUCAUAUGCUCGCGCAGUUCGAGACUGGCGAACUUCGAGAAUGCACGUUUUAUGGGCACCUCAGGUUUGUCGAGAACAGAACAGAGAAAACGAAGAAAUGACCUUUUCGAGAAGGAAAAACAUCGCCAGAGAGAAGCAGUUGGUCGAAUUAACAAAAUUAAAGUUCAAUACAGUACUUGGAAUGAAGACCUGACAUUGUUGAUGAAUCAAAACAUUUCAACACCAUACGACUGCGCUCGUCACAUAACCGAAGGAACCGCUAAACUAUCUGCACUUGCAAUGGUUAACGGUAAGCCCUGGGAUAUGCAUAGACCUUUGGAAGAUGAGUGCGAACUUAAACUUGCGACUAUGAGAACUCCUGGAGACAGAAGCGUGAACAAUGCUUUCUGGAGAACUUGUUCCCUGGUUCUGGGCUCCGUGGUAGAAUCUGCUUUCAAGGACGACAUCGAAGUUAUUCUACACAGUUUUAUAGGGCCAAAUAUAAAAUCCGGGAGUUUCAUAUAUGAUGCUUAUAUGGGUCUCGAAAAUUGGGAACCUACCCUAGCUGAGUUGAGAUCAAUUUCCGCGCUUUUUGUCAAAGUGACCGGAGCAAGUUUGCCCGUAGAACGAUUAGAAGUGCAAACUGAUCUGGCGCUGAAGAUGUUUGAGAGCAAUCCAUACAAAAGUAAACAAAUCCCGGACAUAGCAAGCCACAACGACGACAAGAUUAUUCUUUACCGCAUCGGUGAUUACGUGGACAUUAGCAAAGGACCGGUCAUCGGCCACACUGGCCUUAUCGGACGUAGCACGGUCGCAGCUGUUCACAGGAUUCAGAACGAGAACGGCGAAGCUUUGUACAGAUUCCAGGGUGUCGCCAUACCCGCGGGUAUUCUCCUGAAUCACUUUACGUACGGAAUUCUUGAAGAACGAGCAAAAAAACUGAAUGAAAGUAUCUGGAUGCCGCAACGAGUAGCCGAUGAAACCGAAGAGAAUAUAGCGAUGGCCGUCAAAAAUUAGUUCGGUAAAUCGUUCUCCGAAGAAUUUGUAAUUUCAUUUGGUAAAGCUUUGUGUAAAUAAAUGAGAAGAAAAGCCAA